GUAUCCAUAAUGUCGUCCUGACUGUCACUUGAGCUAAGUAAGGCGGUGGAAGCUCAAGCGGGAUCCAAGCUCCCGUAUCGAUAAGCACAUUUCUCCCUUCGAUCUCCAACCCAGCCGCAGGAGGCCACUUUGAACGGGUUGGUCGCUGCAGCAGUUAAAAAAGAAAAACAACACACAUGAGAUCAUGACAUCCUUAUAGUUAUAAUCCUGUUCAGUCUCGGAAUUCGUGCUUCCUCGAUUACACCCUGUGAUCGACACAUAUCGCAGAGUACUGGCGAGACUAUCAGUCAUGAUCGAAGACGAGAUCUACCGUUCCUCGACGCAGUUCCGACUAUGGUCCUUCACACAGGACUCCCUAGCUUCCCUUCGCAGUAGCACCAAUGCUCUCGCAGGUGACAGGGUCCGCGCAGCGUUGCGGCGAGCACGCCAGGCACGACAGUCCGCUACAGAGGGUCCCUCUGCAGCGGGAACGCCCACCCCCGGCGAUGCAGAGGCAAAGACAGAAGGUGGUCCGGAGAAGGAGAUCGAGUGCUUGACACCUCAGGAGGAGUUAGAAUUGGUUGGCUAUUACUGUGAAAAGACGCUGGAGCUGGGGGAGACCUACAAGCCGCCGCUGCCAACAAUCGUCAGGGCAACUGCGAUCCAAUAUCUUCGUCGAUUCUACCUGACAAACUCACCCAUGACCUACCAUCCGAAAUCCAUAAUGGCCUGCGCCCUGUUCCUCGCUACCAAGACGGAAAAUUACUACAUGUCUCUACGAUCCUUCGCCGAUGGUAUUCCUGGAAAAAACACCGCAGAAGACGUCAUUGCGCCUGAGUUCCUUCUCACUCAAGGAUUACGAUUUACAUUCGACGUGCGACAUCCUUUCCGCGGCCUGGAGGGAGGAAUUAUGGAACUAGAGGCCAUCGCACAGGGUGAGGGAAGGCCGGCACCGCAUCAACCGACACAGACGGCAGACAGUCUGAAGCGUGCGCUACAUUCGAUACCACCACCACCAGACCUACCUGCAGAUAAGAAGCCUCCUCCUCUCGUGGACCGCAUCCGCAGGGCACAUCACAACACCCGCGAAAUCCUCAAGACAGCUGCUCAAAUGACAGAUGCCUAUUUCCUCUACACGCCGUCGCAGAUCUGGUUGUCUGCAUUCCUCCUCGCGGACCGGCCUCUCGCAGAAUUCUACCUCAACACUAAGCUUGGGCUUGUUGCUGAAGGGAUUGCAGCAGAGCCUACAGAUCCGAUAGCCAUAAUCCGCCAGAAGCUCUCUGUCAGACUAGCGGAUUGCAGUACGCUUCUGGGGUCAUACAAACCGCUCUCCUCCGAUCCAGACAAAAUGAAGUCCCUCAAACGAAUCGGAAAGAAGCUCUAUCAGUGCCAGAAUCCGGAGAAGAUUGAUCUGGUGGGUCUAAACCGCGCGAAGAAGCGUGACUCGGGGAACUCCAGCACUGGCGUCACUCCCUCGGCAGCCGGCAGUGGUGCCGUGUCAGAAGGCGUCUCUGAAAGCGAGAUGGAGCGCGCUGCGAAGAAGCGACGGCUUGAGAGAGAGAAGAGGGAGAAAGAGGCCCGAGAUCUGUUUGGAGGUGACAUUGUUAUGCAACGUGUGAAACAGCAAAACGCAGAAGGGUCAAGGGAGAGCACGGAGGGGUGAUAUCAGACAUUAUGCAGACACGAUGUAGCGACUAUAUAACCUUCAUCUCUUGUUAUUAUUAUCAACUUUACUAUCACUAUAAUAUCACUGGGGUUCUCCAAAC